AUGUUCGAGGAGGACUUUGAGCGCUGCUUCAUCUGCCAGGCUUCCUCCAAGGGCCUCUACUGCUCUCGAGAGUGCAGGCAGCAGGACAAGGGUUCGGUUUCACCCCACACAAAGUCCAACGACCUGGCGCCCGUCCGCCUAACGGCGCAGCUACCGGCGUCACUUUCGCCAGCAGUCCGUCCAACCUACACCAUCACUCCCUCGCCGAUCCUCGGUCGUCGCCGUGGUGCGUCGACCUCAUCGUCGUCGGUCUCGGAUUCGCCCAUCCAGAGCCCCCACACCAACCCGUCCGCCGGCGAUUCGCCGCAAAAGGAGGUGUUCAACCUUCCCCCACCGGCGUACCCAAUGGGUUUUGUCGGCAGCGUGCCCAUGAAGAUUCCCACGAGCCUCCAAAAUCGUGUUGCCAGUAACGGAUCAGCAAAUGGCCACCCUAAUGGUGCAACCACCCCCACUGGUUCGGUCGACACACUGCGCUUUGGCCGCAAGUCGAGCGUGACAAAUUCCGUGACUUCGCCUCUAGCUCUAGGCCCACGAUGCGGCUGUGGUCGUCCCCUGAGCCACCGUAAUCGUAGCCUCCCUGGCGACGAGCUCAAUGUUGCCUGCCUCAACCUGGGGCCCAACGGUUUCCCGGAUGCCGACGUCAACGUCCUUCGCCUUGUCUCGGACCCCAUUCACCGCACUCCCAACCUCACCUGCCCUCCUCUCCCCGAGGAACGCUCAAUCUCGCACGUCCUUGGCUCGUCUCUUCUCCUCUCGCGCUCGCGCUCGGACCCGCACCACCCUCCGUCCCCUCGCACGGCUCGCGGCCCCGGCUAUCAAAACGCCAAGGCCGGCGGCAGCCUCCACCCCCGUCCUGUGGUCGACUCCGCGGGCGUUCCAGCGGAGCGUAUGGCGCUUCCUCCUGUUGCGCCCCUCCGCGGUGUCCGCAGCCGCUCUGCCGCGCCUUCCUCCAACACACGCCGUGAGCAUGCGCCAACCGAUGACCGGCGCGGCCGCAGCCGUGAGCGCGUCGAGCGCGUCGAGGUCAACCCGGAGCUUGUUCCCCAGCUCGGCAUGUACCACGAGGAGCGUGAGGUGGCGCCCACUCGCGACAGCCGCUCGCGUGGCCGCAAGCUGAGCGACGAAGCGGAGCGUCCCGGUCGGUCGCGCUCACGCCCACACCCCGACAUCGGCUACGCGACCGCGAUUCGUGGCCGCACCCAGGGCAUUGCGGCAUAG